AUGAGAGACUAUAUUCUCAACCCUAAUCCUUAUUUCUCUUCAUGCAAUUUAACGGCACUCACCUCACGUGAGAAAGAAAGAAGGAAGAAAAGGAUGGAGAACUUCACUCUGCCCCAGGAGUUGGUGCUGGAGAUUAUGUUGAGGUUGCCGGUUAGAUCUCUUGUGCGUUUCAAAUGCGUGUGUAAGUCAUGGCUCUCCCUAAUAUCCGAUCCUGAAUUCGGUAAAUCUCAUUUUGACCUAGCUGCUGCACCCACUCAUCGCCUUCUUCAAACAUAUAGUACUGGUUCUCAAAUCAUAUCCCUGGCUUUUGAGGAAUCACUUACCGACAACUCUGCUAUUGUGCAUCUCGAAUUUCCGCCAACACCACCACAAAGAGAUCCUCGUUAUACUAUAAUUCACGUCCCUCACCUCUCUAAGCAUGGUCUUCAACCUGUUGGUUAUUGUAGAGGGAUCAUGCUCUUAGCCAAUAGGCACAGUGAUUUUGUUAUAUGGAAUCCAUCAACUGGUAUUCAUAGGCAAAUAUCACUCUCUUAUAAUGAGCUCGAUCCAUCUCUCCCAAAUUAUACAAAAUAUAGUAACAGUGAAGGAGUGUUUGUACUUAAUAUUCUGCAUGGUUUUGGGUAUGAUGAAUCAACUGAUGACUACUUGCUAGUUCUUAUACGACAAUCAUAUUCGUGUAAGUACAUUGCAAAGAUGUUUUCUGCCGUGGUUAAGAAUCUGCAUCCUAGAAUUCAGGUUUUCUCAUUGAAAACCAAUGCGCCCUCCUUUAUUUACGACCUUGAUUUUAAAUAUGAGGCUGCUUUUAAUACCGGGUUGUUCUUGAAUCAGUCUCUUCAUUGGUUGGUUGAAUCUAAGGCUUCUGGGCUUCCAUUGGUUAUUGCCUUUGAUUUGAUAGAUAGAAGUUUAUCAGAGAUUCCUCUAUCACUUGAUUGUGCCGUAUUGUAUCUGUCUGAGGCUUAUAGAGAUCGUUGUCAUCUCAUGGUACUAGGAGGAUGUCUCAGUCUCCAUUACUACGGUAGAAGAGAUGUUGCUGAUGAGAUAUGGGUCAUGAAAGAAUAUAAAGUGUCCUCUUCUUGGAUGAAAUCUUCUUUUGUUCUGCCGCGUAACAUUAAGAACCGAGUUUCGCCCAUAUGCUUUACUAAAGAUGGUGCACUUGUUGCAUCAAGUGUCGAUGGAACAUUAGUGAAAUUGAAUGAGAAGGGAGAAGUGUUGGAGCAACACAGAGAUGGGCUGAACAACAAUUAUUUUCCGAAAUAUCAUUAUAUCUAUAGAGAGAGUUUGCUACCACUCCCUUAG